AUGAGCGCACCGCAAACGGAUCCACACGUGUUCCUGGAAAGAGACAACAUCGUCCGACAUAUAGACGGAAACUCUGAUAAAAUUGUCUUACCAAAAGAAAAGAACUGGAAGAUGAUGAAACGAGCGCACAAAUUGUUAGCUCAUUUUGGACUGUCUAGGCCCUUAAGCCCUGUCAGGUACGCCCAUGGUUAUGGCGCACCUGGCGCGCCGAGUCGGCCUAAGCCGACCGGGUCGGUGGAUGGCGUGCGGGUCGAGGUGAAGUCUCAGCUGAAAUACCUGGGGCUGAUCCUCGACUCGCACUGGUCCUUCGAGCCACAUUGGACGUGGAUGGCUGCCAGGUUGUGUCUUGCGACACUGAGCUUGGCUCGAAUAAUGCCCAACCUCGGCGGUCCUGGUGAGGGAGUGCGCCGCCUCUAUAUGGGGGUGGUGCGCUCCAUAGCCCUGUAUGGAGCGCCGGUGUGGUGGCCUCCACAAGAAGCAUGGAGCUGCUCCAUGGAGCGCAACGUAAAAUAUCCAUCAGAGUGGCAAGAGCAGGAGGUUUACAACUGGAAGGAGGAGCAUGCCCGCGGGAUCAAGCCAGUGGCGCAUGAGUCGCUACUGGAGAGAAAAGCCCGCGCUAAACGGGAGGAGUUCCGGCACUGGCAGGAGAGGCUACCUCAUGCCAGGGUCGGACUCAGGGUAGUUGAGGCCAUUGGGCCCUUACUCGAGCAGUGGGUGGGAAGGGGUGGUGGGGUCCUCUCGUUCCACAUGACGCAGGUGCUCACCGGGCAUGGUUGCUUCGGGGAGCACCUGCACGAAAGGACUGGACGGGAGCCCACCACGAGGUGCCACCACUGUCCGGAGCCCAGGGACACGGCGCAGCACACUCUCAAGGAGUGUCCCGCGUUGGCUAACGAGCGUGCCCUCGUGGCAGUGGUGGGGGAUGACCUCUUCCUAUCCACAGUGGGACAGAUUUUGGAGGGUCCCGAAAAGUAG